AUGGCGAGCUAUUUAAGAUGUCUGCGAGCAUGUGUUGCGCCAUUUUUUGUUGUGUACACAAUACUCGUGACGUACUUCCUGGCCCAGAGCGCCUGGGAUGACGUCAGCAGCAGACUACGACGGCGCAGCGAUGCCAGAUUUUUAGACGUGUUAGUUCAAGAGGAACGGCGUCAUUUGCGCAGUUUUCAAGACGUUGUGAAAAAUUACAG